UUCAACUUUGUCAACAUGGCGCCCAGUGAUAAAAAGAGGCUCCCGCAGGUGCCUGAAUCCCUGCUGAAAAAACGUAAGCAGAACGCCGAAUCCCGGGCAAAGAAGGCAAAGGCUGCCAUUCUUGACAAGAAGGCACAGCGCGCCAAGCGGACCGUCAUCUUCAAGCGUGCCGAGAAGUACGUCAAGGAGUACCGCAAUAAGGAAAAGGAUGAGAUCCGCCUCUCAAGAGAAGCCAAGAAGCAUGGUAACUUCUUCGUGCCUGAACAGCCCAAGCUUGCAUUCGUAACCAGGAUCCGUGGUAUCAACGGCGUACAUCCCAAACCAAGGAAGGUCAUGCAGCUCUUCAGGUUGCGACAGAUCAACAAUGGUGUCUUCGUCAAGCUCAACAAAGCCACACUUCACAUGCUUAGGAUCGCUGAACCUUUCAUUUCCUGGGGAUACCCUAACUUGAAAAGUGUCCGUGAACUGAUCUACAAGCGAGGAUAUGGCAAGAUCGAGGGACGAAGGACUGCUCUCACUGACAACGCCAUAAUUGAGCAGAAAUUAGGCAAGUUCGGCAUCAUCUGUAUGGAGGAUCUCAUCCACGAGAUCUUCACAGUCGGACCAAACUUCAAACAUGCAUCCAACUUCCUCUGGCCCUUCAAGCUAAACACGCCGAACGGUGGAUGGAGAAAGAAGGCCAACCACUUUGUUGACGGUGGUGACUAUGGCAACCGGGAGGAACACAUGAACACGCUGUUGCGACGAAUGAUCUAAGUCGUGUAAAAUAAAAAAAUAAUAAAUUAAAUACUUGUACAUGAAAAA